AGUGAGUAUAGUUGAAAAUCUUUCAGUUUGACUCGUUACGAACAAUGCAUACCCGCUUUUUAUCAGCAGUUAUACUUGUGAUGGCUUCAGGGUGGACAACUAAGUCGCUCUCAGACGGCCUUGUGGUCCGAGUGUCGGGAACUGGAACAGAUGAUAAAUCUUGUCGGAAAUCGAAUGCAACCUUUCCGUGUAGAUCCUUAGGAUUCGCCUUGGAAGCUUUAAAGGACUCAAGCAAUCGAAAUGAAACGAUGUUCACUUUUUUGGUUGACGCUGGGAACGUUUACAGUCUCAACGAGAGCGUGAAAAUUAACCAGACAAGUACCUCGGUCGUCGUUUAUCUGAAAUCUAGCAGUAACUUGACUGGUGGUCGAUCGGUUAUUAGUUGCGCGGAUGCAAAGGCUGGAAUCGAGAUAGGAUCAAACACGAGCAAUACAAGAAACAUUAACUUCGUGGACCUUGAAUUUCAAAACUGCAGUUCUCGCUCUGUUGCUGCUGUUGUUUUAAUCUGGAAUUCUCGGGAUAUUAACUUCACGAAUUGCGUAUUUAGAAAUAACGCCAAAGCGGGGAUCAAUGCUUUCGAUAGCAGCGUGACAAUUGAAAGAUGCCAUUUCUUGAACAAUACCUCUAAUGGGUAUAAUUCAGGGGAAACUUACAUAGAGGGUGUCACUUCCGCCGGUGGUGGAGCGGGAUUUUUAUAUCAAGAGGCUUGGAAUCUGUCCUUAAUAGUCAAAGACUCUAUCUUCGAGUUCAACUCCGCCGUUACAAAUGACACUAGAGAAUUUGUCGCGCCAACCUAUCAUGUAUCACUAAUUAUUCUAAGUGGCGGAGGCUUUCUUGUUGUGUUCAGAAAAAACGCCCAAUUUUGCCGGGCUUGGAUAGAAAACACUCGAUUUGCGAACAACAGCGCAACGAUCGGAGGUGGACUCUACGUCGAGCAAUCUGAGUUGGCCAUGGGCAACCACUUCAUAAUGGUUAGCUCGAAUUUGUCAGGGAAUACGGCGGGACAGGCGGCAGGGGGACUAAGUUUGUCACAGUGGAACAAUGCUUCCAGCUUCACAACAGUGUUUAAAAAUUGCAUCGUUAGCGAAAACGAAGCACAGCGAGGAGCAGGGAUGAAUGUAUUUUUUAUGAACUCCGAUGCAACUUACAACGACUCUGUGUUAAGGUAAGAGAGUGAUGUAUUUAGAGGCCCACCUGUACAAUGAAAUUCUGGGUACAAAGCCAAUGACGCAUUGGGGUUUUUCGAUAAAAACUGUAUUUCAAUUUUUUUUUUAAUUUCAACGAAUAUUCCGCCGAUAAUUUUAGUAUGGUCGACUCUCUUCUCGUUGGCUGGAUAGCAAAUAUUUUCUGCGCUUUAGCCGCAGGUUCUAUAGUCUCCCUCGCAGCCGUUUUUUGGACGUUUUUUGGAUGUCACGCAACGCGUUGCGUGACAUCCAAAAAAACGGCUGAGAGGGAGGCUACAGGUUCUACGGUUAAUCGAAAUUUUAAGACAACUACUUUCAAAUGAAGUUCUUCUCGCACUCCCCAGACUUCCGCUAAAAGGAGUAAACUCUCGGUCCCGGCGGCGGGGAAUCCGCAAUCGAAAGGAAGUUGACAGGCUGUAUUAUUCACAAUUCAAAUCCAUUCUCCCCAUAUGAGGGAAAGGAAGGUUCUGGAAUCCGGGAAAUUUUUGCUUGUGGAAUCUGGAAUACAGAUCAAGGAAUCCGGGAUUGGAAUCCAGAAUCCAAGUUCCACUAACAAAGACUGGAAUCCAGUACAACCCAGUACCUGGAAUCCGGAAUCCACGGCGUGGAGUUCAGAAUCCAGGCUAGGGCUGUCGUGAAUUGAGGUGACAUAUGAUGAAUCCAUCCUAAAAGGCAAAUGGGAAAUGGUCAAGCUGACGACUAACCCAUGCAGUGCAGUAUUUAGCCUGUGGGUAGCCUGCGAAAACAUCCGUUUCUCCACGCUCUUCGCAGCCGAGGACGUUUCCCCCGCGCGAAACGUCCCCAGCGGCGAAGAGCGAGGAGAAACGGAUGUUUUCGCAGGCUAGCCUGUGGGCUGUUCACUACCUUACCUAGUUUUCCGGUCUAAAAUGGUUUCGAGAAAGUUUUGCCGUGAGUGCAUGAUAUCAUGGCUCUGAACACGCCACAGUUUUUCUUAGACGUCUAUUCAACACAACCUAAUGUUACCUUAAAAAUUAGUACAGUCGACAACUCUUUUUAAGACGAACUCCUCUGGUACCGGUACUUUCUUAGAGAGAUGUCCUUCUUAAAGAGAGGCAACUUUUAAUGAUGAUAUAGAAAGGAAGGGACCAACUCUUGAUCUGCGUUCUAGUGAGGUGUCUGUCCUGAAGAAUUGUCAGUCUUGUAGAGAGUAAACUCGGACAGGCAUGGAAGAACUUUACUUGCCCGUUUUAGCAAGGUGUCCGGCCUUUAAUAAAUCUAAUGGGCAUUUUACAUGGAGGGAGGAAGAUCCCUUGAAUACCAGAAAGAUCCUAGAAGGCGGAACAACUUCACACAGG